AUGUCCAAAGCAACCUUGGCCGUCAUCGCCGCCGCCAGCGCAGCCACUGGCGCCGGCGUAACGGCGCUGCUCUACUCCUCCAAACCUCGUCAGCAGCAACAACAGCAGCAACAGCUCCCCUCUCCUCCCACCGGCGUCGUCAAAGUCCCAGUUCCAGCAGGCACACCCACGCCAACGCUCGCUGCCAAAGUGGCCGCCGCCGCUGCCGGCCCUGUCGACCCCUCCGGGAUCUUCCAAUAUGGCUUCCCCGGCCCCGUCGCUGACGAGCUCUCCUCCCUCCCCGUGACAGGCGCCUUCGAUCGCCGCACUCGCAACCCAGCCUGGGUCGCCGAGCACAUCACACCGCAGUCGCUGGCCCUAAAGAACGCCGACCGGCGCCACAGCUCCUUCGUUGAGGACGAGGCCCUCCCGCCCAAGUUCCGCGCCAAGCUGGCCGACUAUUUCCGUUCGGGCUAUGACCGCGGCCACCAGGUGCCUGCCGCGGACGCGAAGUGGUCUCAGGCGGCUAUGGAUGAUACCUUCGCGCUGAGCAAUAUGUGCCCCCAGGUCGGUGAGGGCUUCAACCGUGAUUACUGGGCGCACUUUGAGGACUUUUGUCGCAAUCUCACUAGACGAUACUCCUCUGUUCGCAUCGUCACUGGCCCACUGUAUCUGCCGCACCGCGACCCGGAUGGAAAGUGGCGCGUUAACUACGAGGUUAUCGGCAACCCGCCCAAUGUCGCUGUGCCGACCCACUUCUACAAGGUCAUCUAUGCGGUGGAUGGCUUGGAGUCUCCCGACAGCAAGGUCGCGCUGGGCGCGUUCGUCUUGCCCAAUGCGCGCAUCCCCAAUGAGAAGCGUCUGUCCGACUUUGAGGUUCCGCUAGAAGCCGUGGAGCGCGCGUCGGGCUUGGAGUUCGCCAACAAGCUGGACCCUAGCCGCCGGCGCCGUCUGUGCCAAGACGUGCGCUGCGAGAUUGUGGUGCGCGAGUUCAACAACGCUAAGAAGGCUGCUUCGUGA